CGUGGGGUCUCCCCUGCUCGAUUGGGAAGAGGGAGACCAUUUCAGUUUGAGGACUCGGAACGUUUCGAGGGUGAUUCGUUGUGCAGUUGGAGCUCGGAGCCUGAAAGCCUGUGCAACAACUGGCGAGGAUGGAGAAGGCCGAAUCUACAGAACUCAUUCGGCAACCGUUCCGCGAAAAAGUCCGUUCAAGAGAAGACAGUAUCAACUCUAAGCGAGUUAGCAGCAAAGUGCGUCGCCUGCCACAUACCCUUCGAACUAGUGGAACAUGUCUACCCACCCGUUCCGGAGCAGCUGCAGCUGCAGAUCGCAUUCUGGAGCUUCCCGGACAGCGAAGAUGACAUCAGACUGUAUUCAUGUCUGGCGAACGGGUCAGCAGAUGAGUUCCAACGGGGCGAGCAUUUGUUUAGAGAUAGAGCUGUUAAGGAUGUACUACAGAUUGGUUUCCACUUAUCAGCCACAGUGUCAUUCAACAUGCCUCGAGCUCAGUUCAACGUGGCAGUGACGUUCGACAGACAGCGAAUAUCGUCAUGCAACUGCACUUGCUCGUCCACAGCGCACUGGUGCUCGCAUAUCGUCGCCGUGUGCCUCUACAGGAUACAUUUGCCAACACAAGUAUGUCUGCGAGCGCCUGUAUCAGAGUCCCUCCAAAGGCUCAGACGAGACCAGCUACAGAAGUUUGCACAAUACCUUAUAUCGGAGCUACCUCGACAAGUGCUACCCACGGCUCAACGUAUACUGGACGAGCUGCUGUCUGCGCAGCCGAACCAGAUUAACACGACCUGUGGAGCGCCGGAUCCGACCGCGGGGGCAUCAGCGUAUGAGUACACGUCGUGGUUCCUUGAUGAGAAGACCUUGCACAACAAUAUCAAUAAGAUUUUAGUCAAGUUCUGUGUUCCUGCUCCUAUAGUCUUUAGUGACGUAAACUACCUAAGCACAAGCGCGCCACCGGCCGCAGCGGAAUGGUCGUCCCUUCUCCGGCCCUUGCGAGGCCGAGAGCCCGAAGGCAUGUGGAACCUCUUGUCCAUAGUGCGAGAGAUGUUUAAACGGAGUGACAGAAAUGCUAUACCGCUUUUGGAGAUCAUCACUGAAGAGGUUAUGGCAUGUGAACAGAUAAUAGUGUGGUGGUACAGCACAAAAGCAGCGCUGGUGGCGUGGGGCGGCGGCGGCAAGCACGGUGGCAGCGGGAACUCCGCCGCGCAGCAUGCUUGUUCAUCUCUAUGCGAUGAGGUUGUGGUACUUUGGCGUCUGGCUGCCCUGAAUCCCGGUUUGGCGCCUCAUGAACGUGAUACUUUGCACGAGCAGUUCACUCAGUGGCACAUGAAAGUGUUAGAUAAGGUUGCCAAAAACCGCAACAACCACAUGGGAAGCUCAUCAUCCCACACCCGCCACACGAGGACCCACUCGCACCCCCCCUACAUCAACGGGAUAUCAGAGAACGAAGUGUUCCCUGGCUUCCAGCCCGCUAUGGAGGCCUGCUAUCUGGAAUGGGAUGACUACCAGAUACCCGGAGUGACUUAUACUAAGGACCUGAACCCGCUGUAUCACAGUCCGUUCACUAUAUUCAGACAUGCUGAAAAACAGGCUGAUGUGCAUCAGGUGAAUUCAUCAAAAGCAGUAUUAAACAACGAGAUGUCUUUGAGCUAUCGCCUCACCAACCCAGACCCUCACCGCACUUUGGUGCAUCGGACAAGAAUUAAUGUGGACUUGGCCAUCCCAGGACCUUCAGGGCAACAACCUUGUGGUUCGGGCGAGGGCAGCAAUGAGCAACCAGGGCCCAGUGAUGGGAACCAUUCUAGUGUUUCAUCUGAAGGUUUCUGCGAGAACGAGGAGGAGAUCCUCGUAGCGAGCGGCAUCGACACCGACUCCCAGGAGUCCAGCUCGCCCGCCGUGUCGUCGGACGACGCGGCGCGGCGCGUGUCCAACGACGAGUCCGUGUCGGACGACGACUGCAACCUGUACUUCUACGACGCGGCGGCCGCCCGGCGCGCCGUGGCCGGCGAGGGCACCAGCGGCACGGCCGUGCAGUGCUCCGGCUCGGCGCCGCCGGGCUGGGAGUGCGGCUGGGAAGUGUCUUUCGCGCGCGCCGAGGGCCUGCAGGCGCACGGCCACGCGCGCGACGCCUGCGCGCUGGGCGCGCGCCUGGCGAGGGAGCUGCUCGCGCGCCCGCCGGCGUUGGGCUCAAGCACGAGCGGCACCAACAGCCACGACAUGAGAAAAGCGCGGCGCCGCCACAUGCCGUCCCCGCGGCUGUGCGCGGCCAGCCACAGGCUGUCUUGUCUCGCGUCGGCAACGUUGGCUAAAUGCGCCUUCUUAUGCACCGUUCUAGCAGAAUUCAGCGAGCACCACGAACUAGCUUUCCGCGUAGGUCUGUUCGCACUUGAAAUGGCGCGACCUCCAGCAAGCACGAAAGCCCUAGAAGUCAAACUCAACAACCAAGAGACCGAGCUAGUGGCGCUGUUGAAGAAACUCCCUACUGGGCCUGAACAGCUAGCUUUAGCUAGGGAAAAGGCUGAGCAACUCCGUGACGGCAUGCUGAGAAAUAGAGGGCCCGCUCUACUACCUAUCGCGUUAGCAAGUUUCCUGUUCGACGUCCUAGUUUUAUCUGCGACUGACAAGGAAAACAAGCACCCAGCGAGACAACCUUCAGACGAAGCUUUAGGCUUCGAGGCAGCAGUGGCUGCUCUGGGUCUAAAGGCGAACGUAUCUGAGGCAGAACACCCUUUACUAUGCGAGGGCACGAGACGCCAACGCGGGGAACUGGCUUUAACCCUGCUGGCUUUCUAUAAGGAUGACUCGGUCAAGUUGGCCAGGAUCAUGAACAAGCUCCUGGACCGCGACAUUCACCAGCUGACGAAGGGCCCCAUGGUGAGCGUGUACUACACCAACAACCCGCGCCUGGCCGCCUACCGCGACCAGCACCCGCACCCGCACCCGCAUCCGCAUCCGCACCCGCAUCCGGCCGCGCCCGCGCCCGCGCCGCCGCCGCCGCAGGUGCAGUGCCAGCUGGUCGCCGAAAUGGAGCGCCUGGUCGUGUCGGAGGGCGGCGCCAGCCCGCCCGCGCACCCGCCGCCGCACCAGCAACCGCCGCACCAGACGCUCGCCCGCCCGAAGGACUCGAGAUACAAAGGCAAAAGGCUGUACCCGUCAGUGCCUAACCAGCCCUCGGAGGCGUCAGCACACUUCAUGUUUGAAUUGGCCAAGUCUGUGCUCUUCAAGGCUGGAGGCUCGUCCUCUACCAGCCUCUUCACCCAGACCUCCUGUGCCAGAGAACACCACGGGCCUCACAGAGGUUUGCACAUGGCGGCGUUCCAACUCGGGCUGUACGCGCUGGGGCUUCACAACUGCGUGAGCGCCAACUGGCUGAGCCGCACCUACUCCUCGCACGUCAGCUGGAUCACAGGUCAAGCCAUGGACAUCGGAGCUCCUGCGAUUCUGUUCUUGAUUGACGCUUGGGAGGGACACUUGACGCCACCCGAAGCAGCGGGUAUUGCCGAUAAGGCAUCGUCGGGCCGCGACGUGCACACAGUCCGCGCCGCAGCGGAGCUGGCUCUGUCCGUGUUGCCGCACGCACACGCGCUCAACUACAACGAGAUACAGCGCGCCGUGUUGCAGUGUAAAGAACAGAGCGACGCCAUGUUGGAACGGGCGUGCUUGACCGUUGAGGCGGCUGCUAAAGGCGGCGGAGUCUACCCCGAAGUUCUGUACACCGUAGCCCGCUACUGGCACGAGCUGUACCUCCGGCAAGCGAACGAAGACACCGAGCCGUUACUGGAGGAGCCGCAGUACCGCGCCGUGCCGCCCGUGCACGUGCCCGUGCCUUACCCGCUGCCCUACCCCUUCACCUACCACCCCUAUCCGCCCAUCUACCAGCUGCAGUACGGCGGCGCGCCCCCGCCGCACGCCGUGAGCGGGCAGUACGCGCUGCCCCCGUACUUCGUGCGCGGCCUCGUGCCGCACGCGCCGCUCGCGCCGCUGCCCGCGCAGCUGCCGGCGCAGCUCCCGCCGCACGCGCCGCACCCGCCGCACCAGCCGCACCAGCCGCACCAGCCGCACGGGCAGCACGCGCAGCUACCGCAGCACCCGCCGCCGCUGCCGGUGAACGUCAGCCACGGCGCACCUAUCCCCCCUCCGCUGCCCUCAAUACCCGGCGUAGCAAGUGUCGGCUCCGUAGCCGGUCACGGCGGCGUCGGCGUAGCGGCGCCUUUACCCGCGCCCGUAGCACCGCCGCUCCCGCAGGCGCAGCUACGACGUCUGCUCGCCGCCUACCGCGUCGGCAUGCUGGCGUUGGAGACGCAGGCGAGGCGAGUGCAUGACGAUCGUCCGCAGAACAAGUUCGGCAGGAACCCACCUUACGGCGAGCACGUGAAAUGGCUCCUCCGUAUCUCGAAACGCCUCGGCGCACAAUACCUGCACCAGUUCUGCGUGUGCGCGGUGAACUCCGUGGUGUCCCCGUUCGUGCUGUACGAGCUGUGCGUGGAGUCGGCGCACUGGCUGGCGCGCGGCGGGCCGCACCACCUGCUCAUGCAGCACCUGCGCGGCACGCUGGCGCCGCUCGUGCAGAAGUGUCAGCAGAUGUACAUCCAGUGCAUACACCAGAAGCUGUACCACCUGACGCCGGUGGAGUACGAGGAGUUCGUCAGCAUCGUGCUGUCGGCGCGCACCGCCUUCCAGCUCACGCCCGAGGGCAACACGCAGUUCAAGGAGUGGCUCGCCUCGCUGAGGAGAUCCAAAUCGUGCAAGAAGGACCUCUGGACCCAACUGAACGCCGCUCUCCAGACGAACGGCAAAUGA